AUGGCAGAAAACCGAGAACCCCGAGGAGGUGUAGAGGCGGACCUGGACCCCGUGGAGUACACUCUUCGGAAGCGGCUUCCCAACCGCCUGCCCCGAAGGCCCAAUGACAUCUAUGUCAACAUGAAGACUGAUUUCAAAGCCCAGCUUGCCCGCUGCCAGAAGCUGCUGGAUGGAGGGGCGCGGGGUCAGAACGCCUGCACUGAGAUUUACAUUCAUGGCUUGGGCCUGGCCAUCAACCGCGCCAUAAACAUUGUGCUGCAGCUGCAGGCGGGCAGCUUCGGGUCCUUGCAGGUGGCCGCCAAUACCUCCACUGUGGAACUGGUGGAUGAACUGGAACGAAAGACCAACACACGCGAGCCGCUGAUUCACAUCCGCAACAACUCGGCUAUCCACAUCCGUGUGUUCAGGGUCACCCCCAAGUAA